AUGUCCCUGGCAACAUUCCCACAUCCCAGCACCUCCCAGGGAAGCAAACAAUUAACCCGGGAGAAAUUGGAUCCCUGGGAUAAACCCAAGGACUGGCUAAGGAGGGGCAGGGGAAAGGCUUCCAAGGAAGGAUCCAACUCCAGGAUAUCAGCCAAUGCCCUGUAUUGCUACACCUGCAACUGGGAACAAAGCAACUGGAGCUGCCUGAAGGCCGAGAAGUGCUCGGAGAAGGACGAGUACUGUGUGACCAACGUGGCCUCUGUAGGGAUUGGCUUUUUGUCUCUGUGGAAGAGGAUCACCAAGAAGUGCUCUGAGACCUGCCCACACCACAACUUCAGCCUGGGCCUGGCUUCCUACACCUCCUACUGCUGCCAAACCUUCCUGUGCAACCUGAGUGCGUGCCCGGGGCCCAGGCUGGCCCGGCAGUGAGGUGCCAGGGAGCCCCAUCCCGGUGUCCUUCUUCACCUGCUCCAUGCUGAGGGAAGAAAGGGGGCUCCUGAAGGCCUGAAGAGCAUGGCCAGAUUCCCCCAGGAGGGCAUGGCCACGGAACAUGCUGUGGA